GUACUGCAGCUGUUUUACAGCACAUAAUCAUUGAAUUUUUCGUGCGUGCGGCAAAUUAUCAUAAUAUUGUUGAAUAUCUAUUAAAAAUAUAAAUAAAUCGUCAAAAUGAAUGCGCCACCAACAUUUGAAUCGUUUCUGCUUUACGAAGGCGAAAAAAAAAUCAUUAAGGAAUUAGAUACGAAGGUGACAAAUGCGGCGAUAUUCACCAUUAACAAGGAGGAUCACACACUGGGCAACAUGAUCCGCAACCAACUGUUGAAAGAUCCCAAUGUGCUCUUUGCCGGCUACAAGGUGCCGCAUCCUCUGGAGCACAAGUUCGUCAUCCGCAUUCAGACCACGGCGGACUAUUCGCCACAGGAGGCAUUCAUGAAUGCCAUAACAGAUCUGCUUGCCGAGUUGUCCCUCUUCGAGGAGAGAUUUAAAGAUGCUAUUAAGGAGAAGAAGGAGGGCGGCGAUUAAAUUUAGUUACUCAUUUAUUUUUACAAGACAUUUACGAAACAAUAGAAAUAAUUUCACUAUUUGUAUAAAUAAAUAAAAAACAAUUUAAAAAUA